GCAUGUUGUUGUUUUUUACUCAUAUGCAACGACCUCGCCCUCAUGGGCCGGCUCUUCCCCGAUUGUUCAUUAAUAAAGGGGGGUAAUUCCUUAACCACUUUCGGACUCAGCAGCUGCAACCCGGCAUCUCUUGAUAUCUUCCGCCACCCCGGCGGCCGAAUCAUAACCCCCUUGUCAACACUUUUGAAUGGCAUCCCCCACACACCACUCGAGUCGGAUACUGCCCCUGCUCCACGAGCUUUUCCACAGCCCCCUCCUCCAGCCCACAGUACACUUCCCUCCCAACAACAACCUCAUACAUCGUCGAACCCAGCGCAUGAAUCUCCCCACAAACACUCGGCUCCCCACCGAUACUCACCCUCGCUCGGAUGCCGGUAUUCCACCUCCGCACAAACGGCCGCCUUCUCCCCAUCAAUCCCCGACCCCCCAAAAUCGCACAGCAUAACCCUUUUACUCAACCCCAACCGGCAAGUUCCGCCCAGACAAAUCUGCAUGCACAAACCCGCUUCCCAUGGACAUACUCCAGCACCCACGCAACAUCCCCACACCACUGCACCCUUUCCUCCAGCGUCACCUCCCCACCCUCUACGUUGGUGUUGUUGAACUGCCGCAGGCACCCGUGCGUCGCACGUUCCAACCAGUUUCCGGUCAGUUAGCUACAAUUGUGGCUUUUGUUGUAAAUGCGCGCUAGCAGAUCUUAUCAAUCGUUGGGAUGAGGCGUCGUUAAAUCUCGGUAACGAGAUCGUUGUGCUGUUGGUGGCGGCGGGCAAGCGAGACAUUCCGCAGUCUCGGUUAUUCAACGGUUUCCGCCACGGGCGGUAUGUUCCGACCACAUGACGGCGAGAGGCUCAGAUCCACGCACAAGUUGGUGCCUCAAGAACAGGCAAACAUGGGUUGAGCGAGCCCUUUACUAGUACGGUACUCACAAAAAGUAUUACAAUAGAGGAACCCCCAUUGACAAGGUUGA